UGAGCUGAAUUGCAGCUUUUUUCAUCCCAGUUGGGAGAAUUCAGUGGAUCAAAGUGAUCCCUUUGAGUCGGCUCUGAGCUCGAUGGUUUCCUCUCCAACUGCCUCGAAUGCGAAUGGUAAUGGCAGCAAUGGUGAAAAUGUUGUGCUGAGGGAGCUGAUUGGGAGGCUUGGCAGCAUAUGCAAUUCCGGGGAGAUUUCGCCUCAGCAGCCUUACAGUAUCAAUGGGAACAACAGUGCCAAUACUUCUUGCUACAGCACCCCGCUGAAUUCUCCUCCCAAGCUGAACCUGUCGAUGAUGGAAAAUCAGCAAAUCAGGGGGAAUUUGCAAAUCCCUGGAAGCCAUUUUCCUUCGCUUCCGAGCUUGGCACCGUUUUCCACUGAUCCAGGGUUUGCUGAGAGGGCUGCUAGAUUUUCUUGUUUUGCUAACAAGAGUUUGGUGGGCUUGAACGAAAUGGCGCCGAAAUUGGAUUCUGGGAAGAUUUCCAGGGUUUCCAGCAAUCAGUCAAUCAAGAUUUCUGGAUCUCACCCAAUGGCAGUUCAAGAAAGCAAGGAUGGGGGCUUACAGGAAGCUGGAAUUUCAGCUUCCGAUAAGAAAUUCAGCAGGCUGUCGAGAUCUUCAACGCCUGAAAAUGUGGAAUUCGGUGAUUCCAGGGAGAAUUCUUCUGUUUCUGAACAGAUCCCAGGUGGGGAAAUUGGGAUGAAUCCUCAAGUUGAUGCCAAUUCUCGGAAGAGGAAGUCAAUUCCAAAGGGAAAGGGGAAAGAAACCCCUUCUGCUGCAGCAAACCCUGCUAAAGAUGUCAAUGUUGCAUCAGAAAAUAGUGAAUCAAGUGCUAAAAGAAGCAAGUCAGAAGAUGGGAGUGCAAAUGAAAAGGAUGCUGCAAAAACUAAGGCUGAUAAUACAAAUCAAAAGCAUUCAAAGGAUAAUUCAAAGCCUCCAGAGCCUCCCAAGGACUAUAUUCAUGUCAGGGCUAGAAGGGGUCAGGCCACAGAUGCCCACAGUCUUGCUGAAAGAGUCCGGAGAGAGAAGAUCAGUGAAAGAAUGAAAGUCCUACAAGAUCUUGUGCCAGGUUGCAAUAAGGUUACUGGUAAAGCUGUUAUGCUUGAUGAGAUCAUUAAUUAUGUACAGUCUUUACAGCGGCAAGUUGAGUUCCUUUCCAUGAAACUGGCUACUGUCAAUCCAAGAAUGGACUUCAACAUGGAAGCUCUUAUGUCCAAGGAUAUGUUUCAAUCUCGCGGAUCUUUGCCUCAUAACAUGUACCCUUCUGAUAGCUAUCCUUUCCAAUCUCAACCGAAUUUGCAUACUGCUUUGCCCAGUGCAUCAGAGGCACCCUUCACAGCUAACAAUUUCAAUUCUGCUUUAGGCAGAAACCAAACCAUGCAACUGCCUCCAAUGGACAAUUUUAGCGAAACUGCCUCUCAAGUCUCAACGUUCUGGGAGGACGACCUCCACAGUGUCGUUCAGAUGGGAUUCAGCCAGAAUCAGACACAAAAUUUUCAUGGGAUUCUCCCCACAGCUCAAAUGAAAGUUGAGCUAUGAUCAACAAUGUAUCAUCAGCAUUGUUAAUUCUAUUUAUUUGAGGCCCCGAGCGAGAGUGGCUUCUGUAUAUAGUGGGAAAACUCUAGUUCAAGCAAAAACUCGGUGAUCGUUUCCCCAAAAACACAAAAAGAGGAACCUCCUCCUCUCCUUCAUUCUUACUCUGUAUCUGAUGAUCAAUUGGGCAGAUGAUUCUUUGGAAGGAAAUUUUUUUACUGAAAUCAAGAACUAAUUUGAACCAGAGAUGGUGGGAAGACUCUGAAAGUCAAAUGUAACAUUGGUUAUCUUUUUCCCUGUAAGCAAGGUAAGAAGUGUGUUUUAAGAGACAAUCUUUUCAUGUAAACCUUCUUGAUUCAGACCUUGUUCUUUUUCCCCUAUUCCUUGAGUAUGAUGAUAUUCAGAAUCUUUAUCACCUUGUUUU